GAAUGUCCCGUGGUAAAUCUGUGAUCAGUUCACUUAGCAUCAUGGCAGGAAGCAGUGGCCCACCUUACGACAGAGCUCACGUCACGGGGGCGUCCUCCAGCAGCUCCUCAAGCAUCAAAGGGAUCUACUUCCCUCCAAUUUUGAACCCUCCUCCAUCACCAGCGACAGAGGACUCUCGCUACACAAUGGAAUUUGGCUAUUCGUCCAACAGCCCUUCUACGCACAGAUCGUACAGUUACAGGCCCUACAGCUACCGGCAUUUUGCACCUCCCACGACCCCGUGCAGCACCGACGUUUGUGACAGCGACUACGCACCCAGCCGUCGGAUGAUGACCACGGGGGGCAAAGGCUAUGCCAGCGACCUCAACUACGACUCUGAGCCCACGCCACCGCCCCCCACCCCGCGCAGCCAGUACUUGUCUGCAGAGGAAAACUGUGAAAGCUGCCCCCCCUCCCCGUACACCGAGCGGAGCUACACCCACCACCUCUACCCACCCCCACCGUCUCCUUGCACCGAUUCCUCGUGA